UUGAAGUGAAACUGUCCAAAAAAGACUUGACCUUUAAUAAGUUUAUCAAAGUGACUCAGAGAGUAAGAGGCUCUGCAGUCGAAGCUUUGAUAAGGGGCGGUUGCAGUUGAUAGACUAUGAACGUUCAAACGGGAAAGUUCAGAUAAAUCAGACAGUUUUCACAGUUAUAAAUUUUGCCUUGAUUGAUCAGACUUUAGGAUUGAUUGAGUUGUCAAAAAGGAAGAGCAUUUCAAAUUCCAAUUCCAAUCUCUCCAUGUCAUUUGGUUUGUUGGUACCACCAAUACAACUAUUCUGUUUGACAAGAGGGCAGAAUCACCUCUCUGUGGCCAAAAAGAUUUCUCCUCAGAACAACAGGCACAGAAGAACCAGAGAUAUUAAGAAAAUUGUAUUUUCUGUCUCCAAUAGGGAUGAGCUGAGCCUCCUCAGAGGCAUUUGUGGUUGGUUUGUUCUUCAGUGACUUUAUCCACCAGUUUUCAAGUCUGCAUCUCUCUCUCUCUCUCUCUCUCUCUCUCUCUCUCUCUCUCUCUCUCUCUAUAUAUAUAUAUAUAUAUAUAUAUUCUUCUUUCAUUGCAAUUUGUCCCCCACAAUAAAAGUUCAUCUCCAUCAUCAUCAUCAUCAUCAUCAUCAUCAUUGCCAUUUGGACUCCAACAAAAUGAAGAAAAGGGCAUGCCUAAUUCUAGUGGCCAGUCUUCUGAGUUGGGUUUGUGUAACAAGCAGACCUUUUACAUCCUCUGACUUCGCUCAUCAACAAGCUGAUCAAGACCAAAACCCACAUCCCCAAGAUGCAACCUUUGACCCAAAACAGGGAGUUGAAGGCAUUGAAGGACUUCCGGGAGAUGAUGAAAAUGAAGGGAAGUAUAGAGGGCUGAGCAGGCUUGGCUCAAGACCACCAAAUUGUGAGCACAAAUGUCAAGGCUGUGUGCCAUGUUUUCCAGUUCAGAUACCCACAACCACAGACCAAAUUGGACUUCAAUAUGCAAAUUAUGAGCCUGAAGGAUGGAAAUGCAAGUGUGGCUCUACUUUCUUCAACCCAUAAAUGGUUCAGUUUUUUCAAGUUCAAACUUCAGAGACAACUUGAUCAUCAAGAUAGGUUAUAGCAGAUAGCUUCCAUCAGUUAGUUUCCAAACUCUAGCGAGGCAGCAUGCCAUUGCCAUGUAUAAACUGAUCCAAUUCAUUUUUAAUUCUUUUGUUUGUUCCCCUGAA